GAGCGGGAGGACCGAGGAGUGUGAGCCGGAGACCGUGAGAAGCCGAGCCGUGCGGACACAGAACACCCCAGCACCAGCAUUAUUAACAUCCCAGCCCAGCUGUUAUUCCCCAGGAGGGGAGCCUUGUGGUUUGAGGAGAUGCCACUGCUUGGAGACUAUGGCCCUAUCGGACUGGCACUGAGCCACCUGCAGCCUAACAGGAGGUGACCUUGGCUCCCAGCCUGCCUCACCUGAGCCUGGAUCCUACAUGUAGGCAAGAGCUGACCCUGAGCUCUGGCCCAGCCAGGCUGCUGUCCCCUACCCUAGACACCCUGAGCACUGGAUGGAGCUGAUCCUGAGUACCAGCCCGGCUAAGCUGACUCUGGUUCCUGCAUGCCAGCCAAAACUGACCCCGAGAUUCAGCUUGAACAAGCCCACCCUGGAUCCCACCCACCAGCCAGAGCCGCCCCUCCCCGAGCACCAGCAAGCUAGUUGAACUGACUUUGGCUUCCAUCUACCUUGAGAGAUGAACCUCAGUCCUAGCCCACCUGAGCUCACCCUGGAUCCUGCGCCCCAGGCCAAGGAGAUCCCAGUGCCCAGCCUGGCGGAGUUGACCCUGGAGCCUGCCCACUGCCGACCUGAGCUGCUGGAUGCUUGUGCCGACCUCAUCAAUGAUCAGUGGCCCCGAAGCCGGGCCUCCCGGCUCCACUCCCUGGGCCAGUCCUCAGAUGCCUUCCCGCUCUGCUUGAUGCUCCUGAGCCCCCACCCUUCCCCUGAAGCAGCCCCCACUGUGGUGGGCCAUGCUCGCCUGUCACGAGUUCUAGACCGGCCCCAGAGUCUCUUAGUGGAGACGGUGGUGGUAGCCCGGGCCCUGAGGGGCCGUGGCUUUGGACGGCGGCUCAUGGAGGGCCUGGAGGCCUUUGCUCGUGCCCGAGGCUUCCGACGGCUGCACCUCACCACUCAUGACCAGCUGCACUUCUAUGCACACCUGGGCUACAAGCUGGGUGAACCUGUGCAGGGCUUGGUCUUCGCCAGCCGACGGCUGCCUAGUACCCUGCUUCGUGCCUUCCCUCAGACCCCCUGGCCCCAGACACCCUGCAAGACUCCUAGCCUCACUGCCAAACCUGCCCCACGCGGCCACACGGGGUCCCCGUUACCACCACCUCCGCCCCUGCCCCUGCCCACCUCCUCUCCACCCCCACCUCCGCCGGGGCCCCUUCCACCCAGCCUGAUACAGACCCAGUACCAAGACCUGAAGGGAUGUCCCAUAUUCUGGAUGGAAAAAGACAUCUGAGGGCUACCCAGGAGAAGGCGGCUAUCCCCCAGGUCACUGGACUGCCCAGGCGGCCGGCCGUACCUCAGCCUCAAGCCCCUGGUGGGGGAGAGGAGGUAGCCUUAAUCCGGGCAUCUUUCCUGUGUUCCAGCAGGGCCAGAAGUGGCUUCGUAGCUCUGCCGCAGAGCCGUUAGUAUGGCUGAAUAAAGGCUUCCGUUGGGUGUG